UACUGGAAUUACAGGCAUAUGCGUACCACCACAUCUAGUCCAUUGACCAUUUGAAUGCUAAUAAUAGACAAAAUUGCCUUUCCAAUGGUCCAGUGAAAUUCUUGUUAGUUUGUAAAAUGGAUGCUGUGUUGAAUCUUACAAUUAAACGAAGAUGUAGGGAAGUCUCCGGAAAUGGCGUUUUUAGGAAGUAGGUCAGAAGACGGAUGAAGUGUCCCUCUCUGAGCCCAAACAGGCCUCGUGUUGCUUCCUGAAUGCACUGAAAUAUAUGAGGAGGACACAGAUGUCCCUACAUUCCCACCCCUUGAGGACCUCCUGGAAACCAAGGUCCCUCUGGUCAGCAGAAGAAUGAAAAAUAAUGGUUCUCACCAAAGAAAUCUGAGUGGAUAAACUGCUGUGAAACUGGAAUAGGUGUGUCUUUCUGUCCUUCCGGUUCUUUUUAUAGGCACUGCAGGAACCUGAGUGAGGGCCUACAGCUCUUCCGCCCAUUUGGGGAGAGAUUAAAGAAGCUGAGGUUGUCUCCUUCUUACUCAUUUGCAGUUAAAGCCUCACCACCACUACAGCCUCAGCUUCCAGAGCGGACAGACACAGAGGAGGGUGCAGGAAGACCAUUCCCGUGAGGGCCACCUAGAAGUCACCAUGUACGAUGAUUGCAUGGAGCCCACCAAAGACUAUUAUCUCUUCUGUGACAAUGAGGGCGCGUGGGGCAUUGUCCUGGAGUCCUUGGCAGCGAUUGGCAUAGUGGUGACAAUUCUGCUGCUCUUAGCCUUUCUGUUCCUUAUGCGGAAAGUCCAAGACUGCAGCCAGUGGAACGUCCUCCCCACCCAGUUCCUCUUCCUGCUGGGUGUGCUGGGGCUCUUUGGACUUGCUUUUGCCUUUAUCAUCCAAUUCAAUGAACAAACUGCCCCUGUGCGCUACUUUCUCUUUGGGGUUCUCUUUGCUCUCUGUUUCUCCUGCCUCCUGGCUCAUGCCUCCAACUUGGUGAAACUGGUCCGAGGUGGAGUCUCCUUCUCUUGGACAACAAUCCUGUGCAUUGCUGUUGGGGUCAGUCUGCUGCAGACGAUUAUUGCCAUCGAGUAUGUGACACUCAUGAUGACCCGAGGCAUGAUGUUUGUGCACAUGACACCCUAUCAGCUCAAUGUGGACUUUGUUGUGCUCUUGGUCUACGUCCUCCUCCUGAUGGCCCUCACGUUCUUCGUUUCCAAAGCCACUUUCUGUGGCCCAUGUGAGAACUGGAAGCAACAUGGAAGGCUCAUCUUUGUCACUGUGCUCCUCUCCAUCAUUAUCUGGGUGGUGUGGAUCUCCAUGCUCAUGAGAGGCAACCCACAGCUCCAGCAGCAGCCCCAGUGGGACGACGCAGUCAUCUGCAUUGGCCUGGUCACCAAUGCGUGGGUUUUCCUGCUGCUGUACAUCAUUCCUGAGCUCUGCAUUCUCUACAGAUCGUGUAGGCAGGACUGCCCUCCACAAGGCGAUGCCUGUGGUAUGGUCCCAGUCUACCAGCGCACCUUCUGCACGGAGAACCAGGAGCUCUCCAGAGCCCGAGACAGUGACGGAGCUGAGGAGGAUGUAGCAUUAACUUCCUAUGGUACUCCCAUUCAGCUGCAGACUGUUGAUACCACACAGGAGUAUCUCAUCCCACGGGCGACUCUAAGCCCCCAGCAAGAUGCAGGAUUAUAAUAUCCGUAGGAAACACGAACCGUGGAAAUCCAAGCACACGUCCUGAUCAAGGUGACUGGGGAAGGCUCCUGGAGAGCUCGCAAGUCACACUAGCAACGGGGCCUCUGCUGGCCCUCCUCCUCUGACUCCUAGCGCUUCCCAUCCUCCAGGACCCUCCAUCCAACAACUACCCUUCCCUGCAGAAUUACACUCUUACUGGCCCCUGCAUUGUCUGUGUGUCUCUUUCUUCACGUCUGAAGGGCUGCACUAGCCCUUUCCCAGCAAACCUGGAAAGAAUUGGUGCCACGUAUUCAUG